AUGAGAGUUGGAGAGCAUAAUAUGCGUAUGAUCUCAAAGUACUAUACCCAAAUUACAUUUGAUCGAUUAGCCGAAUUGUUGGAUUUUCCUUUGAAUGAUAUGGAAUCGUUCCUUUGCAACCUCAUUGUAACUGGUGGAAUAACAGACGCCAAGAUCCACCGUCCAUCACGUGUUGUGAAUCUCAGAGCACGAAAAGCAAAUCUGGAGCAACUGGAUCAAUGGGCCAGCAAUGUCCAUAAACUCACAGAAACUCUUAAUAAGGUAUCAGCGCUCUCCUUCCUAUUAGUCAAUUUUUAG